UUCGGCGCACCUGGCUGGCCGCAAGCACCUGUCAAAUGUCGAAGAAAUUUCCAUCAGUCGUAGAUAAACAUCACGGGUCAAUAUUUCAUGACGUGCGACUCAUUACAAGUUUUUCAAAUAUUCUACGUUAUUAAUAAAGAUCCAACGUCCGAAAACUUUUAAUAAAUGAGGCGGAAGAGGUAUUAUAACACUUACUUUGCGUUCGUAAACGGUCGAUACAAUUGAAUUAUUCAUACAAGAAAUUCGGGACGAAAUUAAAAGUGUUUAUUAAUGUGCGACAAGUGGAAAAACAGUUUGUAAAAAAUGUAUCGCGAAACGCCGAAAGUUAUUAUCGAGGAUGGCUCCGCUCCUUCUGCUUCCUACGUCGUGCAUAUUCGCAUGGAAGAUUUGUUGGAAAAGUUAAAAUUACUCAAUUACGAUACCGAAUUUGUGCAGGAGUUAAAAAUGAAACCAAUCAAUAGGCAUUAUUUUGUCAUACCAACAAACCCCGGAGAUCAAUUUUAUAUGUUCACAUCAUUGGCUGCCUGGCUGAUAAGGAAAUCUGGCAAAAAUUGUGAAUAUCCUCAAGAGUCGGAUGAUCCAAAUUCUACAAUAUCGGUAAUUCUGGAACAUUUGAGAAAUGCUGGUGUCCCGGUAGAAUUUCCUCCUAACAAACUAAAACAGGGUGUUGGAGAACAUGCCAUUUACGUGUUGGAUAAUUUGGCUGAUCAAGCUAUAAAAACGUCUGAUUUCAAAUGGAAAAAAGUGGAAAUUCCUGAAGACGAACCAGAGCUUGAACCAGAAAUUGAGGAAGAUGACGCUGAAUUGAUCCUCGAAAAGGUUGAAGAAGAAAUGAUGGCUGACUUUGAUGAAGAGGAUGAGGAUGUGAUGCAUAUUGACGACAUAACAAAGUUAUACGGAGAACAAAUGGACAAUGCUUUAAAGCCUGACAAUAUUCUGGAAUCGAAAACAGACACGGAAGAGUGGAAACUCGAAUUAGAGCGAGUUCUUCCUCAACUAAAAGUGACUGUGAGAACAGAUUCUCGCGAUUGGCGAGCACAUCUCGAACAAAUGAAACAUCAUCGUGAGAACAUUGCUUCUGAGCUAAAUGGUUCGAAAGGACAAUUGGAAAAAUUACACACUGAUAUUGGCCAAACGAUUGAUAAAAUAAACACGAGAGAAAUGUACUUGAACAGGCAACUCGAGCCUGGGCUGGAUGAGCUGAGAACAGCGAGGGAAGAAUUGUCAAAAGUGAAAGAACAGUAUAAAGAAGUGAGUGGAGGCGUUACAGAGCGAACGAGGACACUAAACAAAUUGACAGAAGAAUUGGAACAGAUUAAGAGAGAAAUGGACGAGAGGGGAUCCAGUAUGACAGAUGGAACACCUCUAAUAAAUAUAAAGAAGACGAUAACGAAAAUGAAAAACGAAAUAUCAGAAAUGAGCGUAAGAAUCGGAGUGCUCGAGUACAGUUUGAUGUGCGCAAGAAUUCGUGAUCGCACACAACUCCAGGAAGAUAUGAACAGCACGAGCACACUGAUUAAGUGAAACUUCCCAUGGAAAGUCACGUGAGCAAUCAAUCCGUCCGUAAUGUGAUAAACAAAAGUAAAGAGUCUGAAUUAUACAUUACAAAAACGAAACCAAAGAAAAACCUCAUUCUCUAUUAUUUAAGUGGUGGAGAAAAAUACAAUUUUCAAAUAAAUCCUACAGUGAAAAAAUUCUUUCAUUCAAUUAAAAUUUGAAAAACUCGAAAAGUUGACGUACAUCAAUGAAUGAUAAAAAUAUUACUUGCCGGCUGUUCACAAAAAUGUGUGAAAAAUCGUAAUCAUAAUAUAUUAAUUUAGAAACCGAGCAGCAUUUUACUGAAAAGUUUAAAUUUCGAAAAUUUUAAGAUAUUCGAUUUCGAGAUCAGAGAAUCUCAACAAAAAUGUGGAAGCAAUUGAACGUACUGAAAAUUUAGUUUUGACUGUAAAUAUCUGAACAGACUUUUCUGCCAAUCGUUUGAGGCUCAAUAACUUUGACUGAACACAUACAAACGAUAUUUUUUUUUCUAAAUAAAAUUGUGUUUACAAAAUAAUAAUACUGUGUGCAAUUAAUAUUUUAUAAUGUAUGAAUUAUUUAAAGUAAAAAUGAUAAUUGUGUGCUGGCUUCACGUAAUUAGAGUGUACUAAAAUGGUUGACUGAUAAAUAUUUUAUUUAUAAAUUUAAUAUCCGACAUAAUAUCUCAAUCUUUGUCCACGGUUUUUCGUAUUUUAAUCGUUACACCUAAUAUUAUUGUUGCAACAAUAAACUGGUUUUACAUCCAA